AUGCGGCUGCCCGAGCAACCUGGAGAGAGGAAGCCUCAGAAUGAGGAGAAGGGGGGCAGAGGAGCCCCUGGAGGGGGAGAGGAGCCGCCGAGGAGCCAGGCCCCCGACUUCCCCACUUGGGAAAAGAUGCCUUUCCACCACGUGACCGCUGGCUUGUUGUACAAGGGGAAUUACCUGAACCGAUCCCUGUCUGCCGGCAGUGACAGUGAGCAGCUUGCUAACAUCUCCGUGGAGGAGCUAGACGAGAUCCGAGAGGCCUUUCGGGUUCUGGACCGAGAUGGGAAUGGCUUCAUCUCCAAGCAGGAGCUAGGAAUGGCCAUGCGUUCUUUGGGGUACAUGCCGAGUGAGGUGGAGCUGGCCAUCAUCAUGCAGCGCCUGGACAUGGACGGGGACGGCCAGGUGGACUUUGAUGAAUUCAUGACAAUUCUUGGCCCCAAACUGGUGUCUUCAGAAGGUCGCGAUGGUUUUCUUGGAAACACAAUAGAUAGCAUAUUCUGGCAGUUCGACAUGCAGAGGAUAACUCUGGAGGAGUUGAAGCAUAUCCUCUACCACGCCUUCCGGGACCAUUUAACGAUGAAGGACAUUGAGAACAUCAUCAUCAAUGAGGAGGAGAGUCUGCAGGAGACGUCGGAGAACUGCCAAACAGAGUUUGAAGGAGUGCAUUCCCAGAAGCAGAACAGACAGACCUGCGUCCGCAAGAGCCUCAUAUGCGCCUUCGCCAUGGCCUUCAUCAUAAGCGUCAUGCUGAUCGCGGCCAACCAGAUCCUCCGGAGCGGCAUGGAGUAG